AUGCAUGAACCAGGUGUGGGACGAGACGAUGUGAUCAAGAGUACCGAUGACGAUGCCAUCAUCAGCAAGCUAUCGGCGGUGAACCUUGAAUACUUGAACGACCCUUUUGUAAAGCAUUUUGUGAAACGACCUUCACGUCGGCCACCAUUGAUCAACCGAGGGUCGUAUCUGAGGACAGCGGCGUUGGACAAUUUGACGGAGCAAUUCAUGAGAAGCGUAGCAAACGAACCGACGACUGCAUCACCAACUGCGACGGCAACGACCACGUCAGGCUCCAAAGUGCCAUUGUCAGCAGGUAUCAGGAAACAGAUCGUUUCAUUGGGCUGUGGUUCCGACACGCGAUAUUUCAACUUUAAGGCAAAGGGACUUUCGGUACAGAAGUACUUUGAGAUCGACUUCCAAGAGUCGACUGCCAAGAAGGCCGCCGUGAUCAAGAAAAACAAGGCCUUCACGGACAUCAUUGCCGACCCCGAUUUGAAACUCGGACUCGGAGGAACAGAGCUCUAUUCAGAGGACUAUUGUCUCCUCUCUGGUGAUCUCCGUGAAUUCGUCGACAUCAUCGUCCCAAAACUUAAAGCCCAAGGAUUCGACACCAGUCUCCCAACACUCUUUCUUUCAGAAUGUGUCCUGAUCUACAUCCAACCGCACGCCUCGGACGCGAUUGUCGACUGGGUCGGCAAGAACCUCGACGCCUCGCUCUUUGUCGUCUAUGAGCAGAUCAAUCCCAUAGAUGCCUUUGGAGCCAUGAUGCUCCGAAACCUCAAAGCACGCCAGAUUGAAUUGCCAGGAAUUCAUGCAUACCCGUCUCUGAAAAGCCAGGAGGAGCGUUUUCUGUCCCGUGGAUGGUUGGCCGCCAAGGCUGUUAGCAUGAAUACGUUGCUUGAUGAUCUGCCUGAGGAUGAGAUGAAACGGAUAUCCGCACUGGAGAUCUUUGACGAGGUGGAGGAAUGGCAGCUGCUAGCGGGACACUACUGCAUCGCCUGGGCUUAUAACGCAAAAGCCCAGCCAUCAGGCUACGAGGAUGAGCGCGCCAAGCUGAUCAGUCUCCUCUUCAACUCUGUACGCUUCACAGACAACAGCAAGUAA